GGGGCGACUUUGGAUACUUUGUGGAAUACAUACAUACAUGUCUCCGUGUUUCUCUCUCCUGAAAGCAGCAGCUGCUGCAGCAGCAGCAGCCAUUUCAUCAUAAAACUACUUUCUCCGAUCAAAAAGCUUUUGAGGCAUGAAAUCAACAAGUCUUCUGGAUUCUGCCGUCUUCCAACUCACCCCCACAAGAACAAGGUGUGAUUUAUACAUCAUUGCAAAUGGGAAGAAAGAGAAAAUUGCUUCUGGUUUGCUCAACCCUUUUAUUGCACACUUAAAGACCGCUCAAGAUCAGAUUGCACAAGGCGGAUAUUCGGUAUUGCUUGCACCACAAGCUGGAAGUAAUGCCACAUGGUUUACCAAGUCUACCCUCCAAAGUUUUGUUCGCUUUGUGAGCACUCCCGAGAUUCUGGAACGUGUCUACACCAUAGAAUCUGAAAUCUUACAGAUAGAAGAGGCAAUUGCCAUUCAAGGAAACACUGAUAUUUCGAUAAAAGACCAAUACAUAAAGCCUGCAUCAAGCAAUGAAGGAAACAAACCAGCGGCAGGUGACGUUAAUGAGGAGGAGAAGGCAAUUGUUCUAUACACGCCCGGUGCGCCUGAGCUUCCCAGUCCGAGCACUAAGGAGAGAAAUUCAAAAGCCCAGCUGAUAAAUGUUCUGGAGACACGUAAAACAGUGCUGAAGAAAGAACAAGGGAUGGCGUUUGCACGCGCUGUCGCUGCUGGAUUUGAAAUCGAGAAUGUGGCAAAUUUGUUAUCAUUUGCUGAAUGCUUUGGAGCAUCACGCCUCAUGAGUGGUUGCUUGAGGUUCAUGAAUUUGUGGAAGCAGAAACACGAAUCCGGACAAUGGGUUGAAAUAGAAGCAGAAGACGCAAUGUCAGAUUGCACUGCAUCGGCAAUCGUGCAUUCUGAAACAGCAGGCACCAAUACAAAUGCUGCUGGCGGUGAGCAACAAUAUCACGGAGGACAGCAUCCAGGUUUCGCGCCAUGGGGUAUGCAUUCUUCACCGCAAGGUGACGUACGCGUACCGGUGUAUCAAGCAUACCCGAUGCCCUACUAUCAACAUUAUCCGGGAUUUUAUCCUCCACCGCCACAUUACCCGUCUCCAUCACCCGUUGAAGAAGAGAGCCCAGAACACCGUAAAAGUGCUGGUAAAAAGAAAUCAGGUAGAGUGGUUAUUCGUAACAUCAACUUCGUUAACUCGAAAACCAAGACUUCCUCAGAAUCAGCUUCUUCCGAUACCGACACCGGUGAUCAUGAUCGUACACAACAACAAAAAAGAAACUUAAGAUCCCCAAAGAGAAAAGGUAACUGUAAAGAGGAAACAGAUGGCAGCCACUGGGACGCAUUCCAAACGUGUUUACUUAAAAGUGCUGAAGAAGGUGACCGUGAAGAUAUGUAUGCAAUGGAAAAGGAUCCCAAAACAAAAAGACGCCAAAAAACUGAAAAUGAUCCAUUAUCGGCUCAUGCAAGACAGAAUGACGACGGUGAAGGGCGGCAUAUGCAAAUGUAUGAUGCAAAUGGAAGAAAGAUUGUCAACAGGGGUGCAAAUGAUGAUGAUUUUAUUACGGUAGGUAGACGAGAAGAAAUGAAUGUAAGAGACAGUAGUAACGGGUUUGAGGAGAAUGCCAAUUUGGACAAAAGUAACGGGUUGCAGCACGAUGAAGCGGUUAUGGUAUCGUUGCGCUCAACUUCAGGUGUAAACGACUACAAUAUUACAAAAGGGUUGAAACUGUUUGACCUCCCGGAAAACAAAUCUAAUAAGCCCCCAGAUGUUAAAUAUGAGCCUGAUGCGUUAAGCUUGAUGCCUGAACGAGACGUUGGAAAUGAAAAUAUUGGGUACGAUCCUGCUAUAGACUAUGAAAUGCAGUUAGCGGCUUCGGCUUCACAUGAUAAAACAAGCAAGCAAGAUAAGAAAGGAUCAAAAAGUAGUGCAGAAAAGCACCAACUCUCGAAACCGAACCAGGGUAUGGUAAGAAAGGUAAGACCAUCGAAGGUGAAUAAUAAUAAUAAUAAUAAAAGUACCCUAGAGGAGGCACGUGCACGUGCUGACAAACUAAGAUCCUAUAAAGCUGAGCUCCAGAAAAUGAAGAAAGAACAGCAAGAUGCCGAACAAAAAAGACUUGAAUUGUUAAAGAUGGAGAGGCAAAAGAGAAUUUAUGCCAGGACCACGAAUUCCAGCAAAAAACAGUUACCAUCACUGUCAUCAUCAACAUCUAAACUUUCACCGAUCUCCCACAUGCGUGGGUCCACCAAAUUCACGGAUUCCGAGCCCGGCUCAUCAUCACCUCUCCAAAGGUCGAAAAUAAGACCUUCCAUCAACAAUGCAAAAAAACCUUCGACAAAUUCAGCCGCAGGGAAUAGGAUGACUAGAUCGUUGUCAUCCAUGUCGGAUACAAAGAAAGAAUUGACUUCUGUUAGUAAGGCUUCUUCGUCUAUGACUCGCAUUAGAAGGCUAUCCGAGCCUAGAAAGAUCAACAACACCACUAGCACUCCUCAUACUAAGACAAAGAGUGCAGAGUCUGUUUCGAAACCGAGACCAAAACCGUCCAACGGGUCAACUGAGACCAAAAAGAUUUCUGAACCUAUUGAACCAAGCAAGGCAAAGGUGAAGGUGAAGCCCUCUGUAGAAGAAACUACUUCUGAAGUUGCUAAACUGAAUUUAAACAACAGAUUGAGUGAUGCUGCUAAUGACAACAGCAGCCCUGUUGUUGUUGUUAUUGACAAGACUGUUGUUAUGCUUGAAGAACAUAACAAUAAGCAGCCGUCAUCAAUAACUAACAGUGAUCAUAGAACAGGGGUGAACAUUCAUGAAGUGCCUAAGGAAACUGUUGAUAAGGGGACCAUUUCAGUCCAUCCUACUACAUCUUCUGAGGUGUGUGUGGAGGAAGUUGGGAAAAAGUACGAAGCUCCUUAUGCGCGCGUAUCAUCUUUUGAAGACCAAUCUACCAGGAACUCAGAAUACGCGAAAGCAGUGCCUCAUCAUCAGGCGUUUGGUGGAAAUGGAACUGCAGCCUAUGUUAGCAACCUGAAGAUGGAAAAGAUCCCUGAAAAGCCGCAAUCGAAAGGCGGAUUUAGACGACUUAUAAAACUUGGAAAGAAAACCCCGUCAGUUCAACCGCCGCCGCCGCCUCCUCCUCAAGUUGAUACCUUGAAGUCCUUAAUCUCCGCUGAUGAGCAUGCUCAAAAGUCAGCUUCAAGACGUUUAUUCUCGUUCCAGUUUCGUGGGGAAAAGAAAGCAACCAGUUCUGGAUCCUGAAGAUGCGGAUGGAUUCAAAAUCUAUCUACCUGGGUUUGGGUUGAUCGAUAACUUUUGUUCUAAAACAUCAUUUUUAGGCUAAUCGUUUUCAUUGGUUUGGUUGCGGGAUAAGGGACUAUGAUCUUUAAUACAUGCCUUGCACCCAAGUCAAGGACUCAAGGCUUUACCAUCUUAAAUAGAAGUCUGCUUUACCUUUGCUAAAUCAAUGCUUUUAUAAUUUUAAUUA